AUGGCGCCCGAAGCAGCCUCUUCUGUGCGCUCCACCGAGCGCCUGGAUGCGAGUAUCCCUGGCGCUUUCCUUGAUCCGCGCACUCCAAGCAUAGCUUCCAUCACCACGCACCAGACGUCCCUCUCGCAAGCCCUCUACGAGCGCCGCGCCGAAUACACGCGACCGCGCAAUGUGCGCAUCAAAGUCGGCACCUGGAACACGGGCGCCCAAAAGGGCACCGAGCAGGACAUUGGCAAGUGGUUCAUCCAGGGCAAGGGCAUUGAAGAGUCGCUCGCUGGGCUCGGCGUGUCUGACCCUGGGGAGCACGGCAAGGGCGGCAGAGAGAGCGUCCCAGCGCAAGAAGCACGACAUAGCACGCGGGAGCCGACUGUCCCUCACCACGAAGCAGGCGAGGUCCCGGGCGGAGAGGACAUCGAUAUCUAUGCGCUUGGUCUGCAGGAAAUUGUCGACAUCACAUCCGCCGCAGAGGCUCUGAGACCGUACACCGACCCCACCACGGCCAACAAAUGGAAAGCGUCGCUCGAGGCUAUUCUGCCCAAAGGUUAUCAGCUGGUUUCUGAGCAGCAGCUGAUUGGCCUAUGGCUGGUCAUCUAUGCCUCCCCAGAAGUCGUACCGCAGAUCAAGAAUGUUAGUACCACCAGUGUGGGUACUGGCUUGAUGGGCUACAUGGGCAACAAGGGUGCUGUAACAACCCGCAUAGUCUUGGGAGAGACAACGCGACUUGUCUUCAUAAACUCGCACCUGGCUGCUGGUGCAGACAAGGCAUCCUUGGACAGGAGGAAUUGGGACGCUGCUCAGAUCAACUCCCGAACGCGCUUCGACCCCAUCGUUGACGCCUUGGGAUCUUCGCAAAACACAGGUGAGGGUCUGGGUGAAGAAGACUUUGCCUUUUGGUUCGGCGACCUAAAUUAUCGUCUCAACGGUAUGCCGGGCGACGACGUGCGUCGCCUGCUCACGAUUCACACAAAAGACAUGGACAAAGAAGGAGACCAUGGUCGGUCGUCUACAUCUGGUGAUUCCGCAUAUGGCUCAAAGCACUCGUCUGAGGAUACGCGCGACGCCGUUCCCGAGCCAGCAGAACUCGAUCCCGCUUCGCUGCAAACCACCAUCUCGUCGUUGCUGCCGCACGACGAAUUGCACCAGAUGAUGAAAGGCGGCAAGGCUUUCUACGAUGGGUGGGAAGAGGGCCCUGUCCGGUUCCUACCGUCCUAUAAGUACGACAUCGGAAAGGUUGGCGUUUUCGACUCAAGCGAGAAGCGCCGCUGUCCCAGUUGGUGCGAUCGCAUCCUCUACAGGACACGAGCAUCCAAACAGCAAUAUGACAGGCGGAUAGAGGAUCAAGAAGCAGCGCGCAAACACGACGAAGAGAUGAAGUUGAAGGGUAUCGACGUACCAGGAGACUACGAUGUCAUGUAUGAGUACGACCCUGACACCGAUGGGGAGACAUACGACGAGUACGAGGAAAAUGAAGACCCUGAGCCUGAGCCAAUCAAAACAAAGGAUGAUCUUCCUGCUGAGCUGCUACUCGAGUACUACACCACCCACAUGCGCGUCCUCAGUUCCGAUCACAAGCCCUUGAAUGCAGUCUUCAAGUUACAAUACGAUGCUGUCGUUCCGGAGCUGAAGACUGCUAUCCAUGGUGAGGUGGCUCGUGAGAUUGACCGUCAAGAAAACGAGGGUCGGCCGUCGAUUGCGGUGGUAGUAGAACGCGCGACCGGUUCUUCGCCCGACGAUCGGAACAAAACAGAUAGCACAUUUGAAGGAGUAGACUUCGGUGACGUCAAAUUCGCAAAGUCCUCGAGACGCAACAUCACCAUUGCAAAUACUGGACGUGUACCAGCUACCUUUGGAUUCGCCGAUCGCCCGGUAGAUAAAAACCAACCUGCUGGCCCGUUCCCCCCUUGGCUCUCUGUCACUUUCGACAAAGCACAAGACAAGCUCGAUAAGCCAAGGCCAGACGAUAUUCAUCAAUACUUCACACUCGCCCCUGCAGACGUGCUCAAUGUCGAGCUAAAACUCAAGAUCGAGAGUCUGAAUUCAGUGCGCGAUCUCAAUGAAGGGGAUGCUAUGAUCGACGAAAUCCUCGUCCUACGCGUUGAAAAUGGACGCGACCACUUCCUUCCUAUCCGCGCUCAUUGGCAACCGUCGGCACUCGCACGAUCCAUCGACAAGCUGAUCAAGAUUCCCGAAGGCGGUAUCAGGAAACUACAGAAUCAGAUACCAGCCCGUGGCGAGGUAAAAUGGAGCGUGCCUAGGGAAGUAUUCCGGCUGACCGAGGCGAUAGAAGACUUGACGGAGCGAACCCUAGCCGAGUGGGACAUGACCAAGAGUGAAGGAGAGAGGGCACCUUGGCAGGAUAAUGCAGGGUGGCCUUUUGUCAAGGGUCGGAGUGGCAGCGGACAUGAUUGGGAAGACGAGCUCGCAGAAAUCUACGACGCGCUCGACUGCGAUACGCCAUUCAUCGAUGCGUUUUAUCCAGAGACCCGCAGUAAAGAGCGCGUUGAGAUGUUGGCCGAAGCCCUCAUUACCUUUCUGACUAGCCUCACCGACGGCGUAAUUACUAAGAGCCUAUGGGAGAAGUUGGAAGAAGCGUUAGCUCGCCGCGAGAAGGCUGCGAGAACUACACCAUCUCUCGACUACUCCACUGAUGAUGAGAAGAUGACCAUCCUAGAGGUAUUGGCAACAGCGCCCAACCACAACGCUACCUUCCUCCUCACACUAUCCUUCCUCCAGAAUAUCGCGAACCAGAUCACCGAGGUGUCAAAACCGCGCCCAGAGGAUAGCAGCAAGAGAGCAAGCGUAGACAUGAGCCUUCCGUCCAGCCCUCAAGCAAAGGUUAGAAGGAAGACACUAAGCAAGGUGCCGGAAGUCGCUAUUCGACAGCUUAUUGUGAGGAACUAUGCUGUCGUCUUUGCGGAAUGCUUGGUCAAAUGGAAGGAUGGGGGAAAGGAGAAGGACAAGGCAGCUAGGAAAGAGAGGAUGGUUGGAGUGCUGGAAUUGUUCUUGAAGCAGGACUAA